GUUGCCCGGCAGCGGCCCCGCUCCGAGCCCCGCGGUGCCGGAGAGGCCCCGGGCCCCGGCCCAGCGAUGGAAGCCGAUGGCGGCUCGCAGGGACCAGCGCUCACCGAAGCCGUGGGACAGCUCCAGGAGGAGCUGCGGAAAGCCAAGGAUGACCACAAGAUGGCCAUAGGUGCCAUCUCUUCCUUGCAAAGACAGAUGGAGAUCCAAGAAUCCAAGCUUCGGAGAAUCAGAUCUGAAAAGGAAAUGCUCCAGAAGCAGCUCAGAGAGCAAGAAGUCCAGCUCCAAGCUGUCUCUAACAAGUUUUGCAGCCCGACAGAAGAACAGAAGCAGGAAGAAACGAUGGUGAUGAUGGAGGAGGAGAACCACAACCUUCAACAGGUUGUUAUGGAACAGGAAUCCCAGCUGGCUGAGCAGAACAAGCUGAUCAGUGAGUUACAGGAGACAAUCAGCCAGCUGCGGGCCGAGGUUGUGACCACUCGCCUCCACCUCCUGGAGCAGAAACAGGCCAAGAAGGAGAUCCAGAGCCAGGCUGAGGCACUGCAGCUCAAGGAACUGCAAACCAGAGUGGCACUGGAACGCAUCAGCACCAAGUUUGAAAGGUAUCGAAGCAAAAUAAUCCAGGCUACGUUCAGCGUGGAGGGCAUCCAGGACCCCCCGGGUGAGCUCACGGACGACCAGGUGCUGGAGGCAAUGCAGAAAAUCUUUAACGAGCGGACGGAGUUCCAGCAGAUGCUGAAGAACAAGGGUAGCAGGGUGUCCCGGGUCAGCAGCGACAGCCACAUGGCCUCACCUACCACAGCAAGGAGAAAGUACUCUUCCAAGAUAGAAAAGCCACCCUGAUGGCUGAGCCAGAACCCAUCACCAGCCUCAGGCUCUGGGUUCUCGGCUCUGAGCUGGUGACUUAACAACAAAUUAAACUCAUUUUACUGACA